AUGGGGAAGAGAAGACAGAAGCCGCUUAUACGACGCCAGGACAACAGCCGCAUAGGCUGCAUGGCAGGCCUCAUCCGCAUGUUCUAUUCCCGCCAUGACGCCAAUAAGCUCCUGUUGGACAGGAAGCAAGGGAGCAGCAGAAGGCACACUUUCAGUGGCUUUCCUGGAAGGAGCCACUCAAGAAAGAAUUCCAAGGACUUGGACGAAAUAGAUGAAUACGACGAUAACAUGGAGGGAUCCAGUUCGAGCAAACCAACAACAGUCAAAAGACUUAUGGAGGACGAGCUAGGAAAGGUAAAACAGCUGAAGAUUCCAAAUGAUGAGGUCCAGAGAAUAUUAGCUGACCUGGGACAUGGUGCCUGCCUGGACAAAAGUUCAACCCAGAACAGCAAAGCGAAGGGAAACCAAAAUCACAGCAGAAGUAUCACCAUGGCUGCUCCAUCUGGAUCUUUGGAUCCCACUGGUUCCAGCUGCAUGAAAGAAGCAGAAGAAAAUGAACUUGAAUUUGCCUUGGCAGAUUUCUUAGGACAAAUUCAUGGGGAGCAUGAUGACCAGCCUCAUAAAAAUUGCAAGAAUAAUGGGGAGCUAUGUACGGAGCUGAAGGUCCUAAUCCAAACAAAGAUUGCUGAGUUAGAUAAUCCUCGUUGCACACUUGCUUAUGAGCAAACUCCACAGGGUGAGGAAAAGGAUACUGCUGAUGGCAAACAUCUAUGUAGCAGCAGUGAAACUCAACCCAAAAAAUUCAGAGAUGCACUGGAGAUGCUAAGCUCAGACACUGAACUUUUCUUGAAGUUACUUCAGAAGCCAAAUUCACAUAUUUUGGAGAGCGUCCAAAGGCACCAAAACAGGCUGAUAGGGACCAGGCUAGAGCCCACAAAAAUGGCAGAUAAUACCGACUCCAACAAAGAUACAAAGAGUCUGAAUCAGCAUGAGUUGGCCACCAAGACACAUGGUAAAGAGAGUAGGCAUAUCUUUUUCUGGAAGAAGGAAAGAUCAAACAGAAGGCAGACUGCAGAAGGAACCAGUAGUAGUUCUCAGCCAGUCAACAAAAUAGUUAUACUGAAGCCAAAUCCAAGAAGAGAGAUUGACCAUGCUGUGGCUGAUGAAUCUGUCUUCUAUGACGAGGCCAAGAAACAUCUAACAGAGAUUCUGAAGGACAAAAGACAAACAACCAAGCACCCAACACUUCAGAUCUCAAGGUCCUUGGUGAGGAUGCUCUCCUCCCUCAGUCCAGCACAUCAUCACCUAGGAGUAGCCCUAGGGCAACAGACUGCAUUUACCUUUCACCCGAAGAGACAGGCAUUCAUGCAAUAUACAAGUCAAAGAGAGAAGAAUUUUUUAAAAGAAGAAAGCCAGUCAGGAGAAUUUUCAGAGAGUGUUGUGUGUGAUCCUAGUGAAGCACUGCAUGAGCAGGCUGUUCAGGAAAGGUGUUGCGCCAAAGAAGAAAGUCAAAAAACAACACAAGAAGGUGCUGAACUUGACACUCUGUGCACUGAAGAAAUUGACAAGCUGGAUUGCGUGGAAAAAAAUAGAAAUGCAUGGUGCACCCCAGCAAAGCAAUGCACAUAUAAACCAUCACAAGAUAUGGUGGAAGAAGCAGAACCAGGACAAGUGCAUGUUGGAACAUUUCCAAGCUCCCCUGAGAACGACUUUGAAAAACUAGAAUGCCAAGAGCCCACAACUCCCCGACCGAGUGCACCGAUUGAACAGAUAUCACAAUUUUCUCCUGAUGGAAACCAUGAAAAGCAAGAGCAGCCGAGUCCUGUAUCUGUUCUUGACGUGUUCUUCCAUGAAGAUGUCGACGGUGAGUUGCACAAAGAUAUCUUGAGGACACAAUACACCACAGGGGAUGGUUCAGACCAAGGGAUUUUCUGGGACUGGGAGGACAAGGAUCUCAGGUUAGGUUACAUAAAGGAAUUACUAGAGCUUUCAGAAUUGUGCACCAACCAGAACUUAGAGGUAUGGUAUCUAGAAGAUGAAUUGAUCAGCCCUUGCUUGUUCAAAGAACUACAUCAAGGCAAUCAAAUUGAUGAUACGAAGCUUUUAUUUGACUGCAUUUGUGAAGCUGUGACGGAAAUCCAGGAUAUAUACUUUAGAAACCCUCCAUGCUUAUCUUCUCUCAGACACAGCAUAAGGGCACCUCCAGCGGGACGAAACCUUAUCUCAGAAAUCGAUAAGCAUGUCGAGCGCCAUCUCCAUUAUCAAUUUCCAAGCACGUUAGACCAGCUGGUUAACAUGGAUCUUGAAGGUGGCAGUUGGAUGGAUCUUCGAUCAGAAAGUGCAGAGGUCACUGUAGUAAUAUGGGACUGCAUACUGGAUGAGCUUCUGGAAGAAAUAGUUUAUGAUUUGUGGAUUUGA